CUUCUGUUAAACUGUCGCUCGCAGUCUGGCGCAACCAAUUCAACGUCCACAUCCUUUUUCUCCUCCGCCGUUUCGACGUUGAUCGACUCCCCAUCUCACCCACAUAUUGCAGCAGUAAUCUCGAAACAUACUGCUCAUAAUGGCGACCGGAGUGGACGCCAAGCUCUUGAAGAGCACCAAAUUUCCUCCCGAAUUCAAUCAGAAAGUGGACAUGCAAAAGGUCAACAUUCAGGUCAUGAAGAAAUGGAUUGCCAGCAAGGUCACCGAGAUUCUAGCCAACGAGGAUGAUGUUGUUAUCGAGCUGGUUUUCAACCUUCUUGAGAGUGGCCGCUAUCCCGACAUCAAGUCCAUGCAGAUCCAACUCACAGGCUUUCUCGACAAAGAUACCCCGACAUUCUGCAGGGACCUGUGGAAGCUUCUACUUAGUGCGCAGACUAGUCCUCAAGGUGUGCCAAAGGAGCUUCUGGAGGCCAAGAAGAUGGAAUUAAUUCAGGAGAAGCUCGAAGCGGACAAAGCCGCAGAAGAGGCACGACAGAAACGUCGAGAAUUCGAAGGUCGACCUGAAAGGGGCCGCGGCGGCCGAGGAGGCGGUAUGGGUGGUGGCCGCGGCGACUCCUGGCGUGGAGGACGGCGUGACGACCGCGACCCCCGAGGGAACAUAGGCCGAGGUGGCGGUGGGCGAUCUCGCUCACCACCGCGUUUCCGUGAUCAAAGGGACCGUGGCCCACCAAGAGGAGGACUCAGAGAUUCAUAUGUUCCCCGAGGAAGUCCGACAUUCAGACGUGGCGGAGGACGACGGGACGACAGGAGACGGCGAUCUCGAACUAGGUCGCCGUCUGUGCGGUCGAGGUCCCGCUCUCGUUCGCGGACACCCAGCGUUGACGGAAGCCGGCGAUCUGUUACUCGAUCCCCUAGCCCUCCUCCAAGACGGGGACGGGUAAGAUCACGUACUCGUUCUCGCUCUCCGAUCCCCCACAGGGGACCGCAUAAGCGCGUCAGGUCACCAUCGCCACGGCGCGGACCCAGAUACCGGGGGCGCUCCCGAUCUCGGACUGGCUCGGUUUCAUCCGAUCGUGGCUCUCGCUCCCCCAAGCGCCGCCGUUACUCCACUUCCCCUAGUCGGAGCCGUAGCCACACCCGGAGCCGCAGCCCAAGUCGGAGCCGGAGCAUCACCCGAAGCCUCAGUAGAAGCCUGACUCGGAGUCUUAGUCGCAGUCGAACCCAGAGCCGGAGUCGGAGCCGAAGCCUGUCGAGGGCUCGAAGCAAGCGCUACAGUCGGUCCGUAUCGUCUACUGGGUCUUCUCGUCUUUCCCGAUCGCGAAGCCGCACCCCGGUUAGGCGAACGCGUCGUAGUAGCCGCAGCAUUUCUCCCGAUCACCGUUCUUCUAGACGUCGAUCACGCAGCAGAAGUGGAAGCCGCAGUAUUAGCCCUCGCCGCUCACGGAGCCCUCACAGACGCUCUCGUAGAAGGGAUGACCGAGACAGCAGCGUAGAUGCUACGCCCAGACCCGGCAGCAGAAGCCGCAGGGCCUCUUCUGUGGCUGCAAAAUCUUCUGCGCAUGACAGAUUGGCUGAUGAUUCAGGCGCUCAAGACAGAAUCCGCUCUCCCCGAGACACUAGAGCAGCUGCCGAAGCUACCUAACGAGAAUCUCAAAGCCUCUUGCGAACAGCGCCAGAAAGAGCCAAAAGGAAAAAAUAUCAAGCAGAUGAGGUCCUCUAGAAGCGCAGAAGGGAAUCAUGAAGGCUAACCAGUCGUUUUGAAGAUAUGAACACAGCUGCUGAGCACCGCUGUUUUGUCGGCGCAAGCACAAGCGCACUAUCAUUAGAGCCUUCCGCGUCCUUUUUAACCUUGGUGGAUUGGUCAGCCGAGGUGUUGUGAGGUCCUUCCUUUAGAAUCCCCUCGUUGAUGUCUCCAAGUGUCUGAAAUCAUAUACUCCAGUCUUCAGGUCCGCAUGUAGACUAAAUACCUUGUAUGGCAUGAGCACCGAUAUCACACACACAUACAGAUGCAAAGUAUUUU